AGAUCAUUGAUUACGAUUACCAAAACAAACCUAACACUGACAGCCUGGAUGUAAAGUUUUCCGUGAGUAAUAUCAGUUUUUUUAAGCAUCUGAUGUCAAAUAAACUUUUAACUGCAGAAUUAUCUCUAAAUUAUGUUAUUUGAGGAAUUCCUUGAGAUACUUAUAAUAUAAAUAUAAACUAAUAAAAGUUAUAAGAAUAAGAAGAUUGACGGUGACGGCAAGUAGUUUUGAACUAGUUUUGAUUUUUUGAAGUAACAAAAAAAAAUUAAAAAGUAAAAAAGGUAGACGUGGUUUAGUACUUGAUAAUAGUAACUUAUACUUAGGGAAUAGUUCACUUGAGUAGUCUUUAGUUGGUAGUACUUAGAAGUAGACAUUAUCGUGGUAUUAGUCUUAGUUAUUUUAUGUAGAUAGUAAAUAGGCCGGCCUACUUGAAACUUAUUUAUUAAACCUAUACUUAUACUUAUAGGACUUGAUUAAUAUUACAGUUACAGUUAAAAAGUUUAAGACUUUUCAGUUUCAGUCUUAAGUUUUUUUUCAGUUAUGGAGGGAGUAAGACCAGUGAAACAUCUGUAUGUGAGAUGAGACUGAGAUACUUUAUUUUUAUUUAGCCUAGGUGUAGGCCCUAGAACUUAACUAGAAGUUAGAAGGGCCUCUAACUCUAAUGUUUCAGAUGUUAGGAUUAGCCCUAUGGCAUUACUUUAUAAUUUAUAUCAUAGGAAUCAGAAACUCAGUAGACCGAGUAGGAAAACCCAAUGGGACUAAAUUAUUAAUUUAGUGGUAUCUUGUCUACAAUUUACUGAUUUAGUCACUUAAACUUAAGUAAGGUAAACAUUGUCAGCCACUGAGACUGAGUCACAAGUACAAGCAUUUCAUUUAUAAUUAUACUUUAUAUUUUAAUUUAAAUCAUUAGGCCAGGCUGGUACUAACUUAGUAACCACUAUAUUAAAUACCGAGCCUACUAUCCAUUUAAAGGGUCUAAUUAUUAGAUGAGAUAAAAGCUGGAAAUAUUUAUUACUAAAUAACUAACUACUAAUACUUAAGAGAAUACUAACAGUGGCAGAGAAGUCUUCACUUCACGCUUUUACAUUUGACAUUUCUGUGUCACAAUUUACACAUUUUUAACAGACAGCACAUUUUUCUGCCUUUGCUGGACAAAUUCAACAAAUAACCUGAAUAGAAUGAAAAAACAGCAUACAGCUGUGUUCAUAAAUUUUUCAGAAAAUAAAUACUUUCUUUUGACCAGGUUGUUCACUUUAGGGAGCCAUUAACUUAAUGCAUUAACUUAGCGGUACCCAAACAUUUGCUUAAUCUAGGUUUUCCUCUGUCACAAGUACUCUGCCAAAUAGCAAACAUUUAUUUUUAAUGAAAAGUUUAAUUUUUUUUAAAGUUAUAAAAAUGAACACAUACAAACAAAAUGUAAUGGAACAAAUCGAACAAAUUUUCCACCUUGAUUUUUUAAAAAAAAAAUCAGCUUUAAACAAAGAAGAGGUAUUGAAAAGCUCAGAUCUUUACCACUCCGAAGAAGAUUUUUCAUCCUCACUAUUUAAAUAAUUUCACUUAACUUAUUUUAAACAAUAAUAUUUAGCUGAUAAAGUCUUUUUAACUCCAAGUAUCAAGUAAGUUUGACAAAAUAGUAAAAGAAUCGAUUCAGUAACCUGUUUGUUGAAAGUCAUAUAGUAACCAUUUGCAGAGUUUAUGCAAACAAUUAUUAGUCUGUGAGUGACUAAUCUGAUUACAUUGAAUUUGAAAAUGGAAAUAAAAUCUUGACCCACUGUUUCUUUAAAUAGAAUCAACAUACCUGGAGAAAAUUAUAAAAAAAAUUCUCCAAUGACCCAAUCAUAAGCCGACCACCCCAUUUUUUCCUCUGAAAUAUUUUUUUUUUUAAAUUUCAGCAAGAGUGAGUCUUUACCAUGCACUCUCUUUCUUUAUUCUUUUAACCAUUGUAAAUGGGAUCAGUAUUUUUCUCAUAAUUGAAGUCUAAACAUAGAUUUUUCAUAUUGAAUGGGUUUAUUUUAUAAGUUAAACUGGCUGCAUACAAGAUUUUUAUCUGAGGAGUUUAAGCUGACCUGAAUGUUGUAAAAUACCAUCAAAUCACGCAUCCUUUUCAGAAAAUGAUAGACUAUAGUGCCAUGAAAUUAAAGCUUGUGAAUUAUUUGAACACUUCUUUAGAAUACCUAAUAGUUUGCCAUUAUGAUGGAGCAUUGGAUGAAAUACAACAUUCAUAAUGAUGUAUGAUGUUUUCUUCAUUGUAGUAAAUCAGUAAAAAGUCAAAGAGACUUAAAGAAAACUCUACUAGUUAAUUAGAAUCAACUAAUGCCAUGGAUUAUUCAAGAUACCAAAUAUUUCAUAGAUGUUGUAUUGGGCGAGGCCACUAGAUAUUGAAAGAUUCUGAGUGGCUGUGUGCUGAUCUUUUUGGCAGUCACUUCAGCAAACAAACAAAACUGUUUAAAGACUUCUGCAAGUGACAAGUAACCUUCACCUUAAACUUGCAAUACUGUAAGGAUGGGAGCAUAUUUGGCUUCAUGUCUUGCGUUGGUCAAUGGAUUAGCCCAGGGCAUCUCAAAUUAUGUCAUCUUGCUGCACAUUCAAUCAUUCAGUAAUUUUUCAUUUGUUUAAGAAUACAGUGGAGUUUUUUUUAAUAAUGGAAAGAAAAAGAAAUGACAUUCCUCUUCAUUCAUCUUGAGUGUUCUGAUAAAUUUGGUACUUUGAGAUAAAGAAGGCUCCAUGCAAUCCAGUUUAUUUCACACUAGGGAUGAAAUGUUUGUCAUUGCUUUUGAAUCACUGGUUUUGUUGAUUCUCGGCCCAAUUAUAUGUAAAUAGCUUGCUAUGAAUAGCAUUACACUAUUCUUGAUAUUGGAUGAUGAUGUAGUUUUCGUCCUUUACAGACAUUAUCCAUAUUAAACAAUGGAUAUAUUUAAAGACAUUUUGUUUUCUUUCUUUUAUAUUGAAAAUAGUUAAAGGAUGCCUCAAAUUUUCCUUCUGUUUUUAUAUAUAUAUAUAUAUGUGUGUUUACAUUUGUAUGUGAGUGUGUGUGUGUGUGUAUGUAUAUAUAUAUGUAAACACAUAUAUAUGUAUGUAUAUGUGUAUAUAUAUAUGUGUAUAAUAUAUAUAUGUACGUAUAUGUGUAUAUAUAUGUGUGUGUAUAUAUAUGUAUGUAUGUAUAUGUGCGUAUAUAUAUGUGUAUGUAUAUGUGUAUAUAUAUAUAUGUAAAUAAAUAUAUAUAUGUAUAUUUAUAUAUAUAAAUGCCAAUGAACUUGUUAAUCUGUUUCAGCUAACCAUAGACAUUGUUCAACUUAGUCUUAAUGAAACCUACAUUUUUUUUUCUUUUUGCAUUCUGUCUUUGGUGAUUAAAGCUUUUUACCUACAGUAGUUAUGUUUUUCUUCUGCCUGAGAAAAUCUGGGCUGAUGAGUCCACCCCACACUACUACCAGUCUUGUAGCUGUGGACGACCCUGAAAGAAUUGGAACCUGCUACACCUUAGUCAAAAUUUAGACUUGUCACCAAUGCACCACAUGGGCCAUUUCAUUCCCUUUUAUAAAGGUUAUGCUUAAGGAAAUGAGUGGUAGUCUUCUGAUCCUUAAAAUGUGUCAAUUCUUUUAUCAUCCAGGUCAGAGUGCUUUUAAAGUUCAAAGAGUCAUGCAUUAACUGCAAGCAGAAGACGCUUGACUGGAUAAAUAGAGCAAACAUUUAAAGAAAGAAGGGUUGUCUAUAACUGCAAUGCAACAAGAAUUUCUGACUUGAAUCAUCAAAGAUCAAAGUAUUCUCUUGCUGCAAGAUCAGUUCCUUUAGAAAGAAAGUGUUGUGAGGAAUAAUCCUACUGGUGCACAUGACAAUGGGGUCCACAGGAACAGACGAUCAGUACGACUAUAUCUGGAAAGGUACUUGAUGCUUGGAUUUUUAUUGGCCAUUACUUGUCGUAUUAUUUCGUGUUAAGGUUAAUAAAAAUCAAAUUUUCAACCGAAGUAUCAGUCAUAUUGUCAGGUCUCCUUGCUCAAAAGAAGAUGAAGUCAGUUAAGCAGUUAAGAAACCAUAAAAUAAUUAUUUAAACUGUGAAUGGUUGCACAUCAAAUGAUUUUUAUGUGACUCUUUCAUUAUUCUAUUUUAUGAUUUAUUCAUAUAUUUUUUUAGUUGUGCUUGUUGGUGACUCUGGUGUUGGCAAAACAAAUCUACUGUCUCGAUUCACCAAGAAUGAAUUUAACAGUGAAAGUAAAAGUACAAUUGGAGUUGAAUUUGCCACAAGGUUGGUACAUUUUAUUGACUUAUAAGUUGGAGGUUGCAAGGAAAACUUGAUUUAUUUUUUCAAUCAGGAGGACUGAUAAAUUCAUAGAGAGGUUGAUUUAGCAUGCAUGUAACUAUUUAAUGUUUAAGAUUUUUUUUUCUUUUCGUUUGCAUUCCAAUUCUUGGGUCUUCCUAACAUUUUAAUGAUAUGAUAAACAAAUUCUUUAGUUUUAGAUCAAGGUGGUUCAGUACACACAACUUGAGGAAUUUGGGGGAUGGCCUGGAGGGAGAGUCAGUUUGUUUAUCUCACAUGUGGGGUGGCCUGGAGGGAGGAUCAGCUUGUUUAUCUCACAUGUGGGGUGGCCUGGAGGGAGGAUCAGCUUGUUUAUCUCACAUGUGGGGUGGCCUGGAGGGAGGAUCAGCUUGUUUAUCUCACAUGUGGGUUUCGUCUAGAGGGAGAGUCAAUUUGUUUAUCUCACAUGUGGGUUUCGUCUAGAGGGAGAGUCAGCUUGUUUAUCUCACAUGUGGAGUGGCCUGGAGGGAGAGUCAGUUUGUUUAUCUCACAUUCGGGGUGGCAAGGGCGGAGAGUCAGCUUGUUUAUCUUGCAUAUGGGUUUGGUCUAAAGGGAGAGUGAGCUUGUUUAUCUCACAUGUGGGGUGGCCAGAGGGGCAGGCUGUUAAAAUGGUGUUACUGAGGUUAUUUACUUGAUUUUUUUUUCUCAAGGCAUGUCACCAUUAAAGGGAAAACAAUACGAGCCCAAAUCUGGGACACAGCAGGACAAGAGAGGUACAGAGCAAUAACAGCAGUGUGAGUACAGUCGGGAUAUUUUGCGUUAGUUUAGUUUAGGAAUCUUUCUAUAUAGGUUUACCAGUAAACUUGGUUGGGUUAGUAUGUUUGCGAAUAUUUUUUUUUCUAAGAAAAAAUAAUAAUUUACAAAACAUACUAUUCCAAACAAGUCUACUAGUGCCCCUAUGUAUACCAAAAAUAUUCCUAAUUUCAUCCUCAUUCUAGUUUAAUACUUAACAAAGACAAGAAUUUCUGUGCAAAAUUAUAAAGAUUAUCUUAAGCUCUUGAUAUUUAUUUUAACUAUAAACAUUUUUUUUUUAUAAAUAGCAUUUAUCUGUGUUAUUACAAAUCCUAUCUUGGAUGAACUUUGAACCGUAAUUGCUAAUUUUUAUGUGAAGUGCAGUGAGCCUAGCCCUAGGCUGGGGUACCUGCACUGUAUAAAACCACCUUAAUAAUAAUAAUAAUAAUAAUAAUAAACUAGGCCAGAUUUUUAUUUAAUUUAUGUGUAGUCUAUUGUCUCGAUCUACAACAGCACCCUUGAGGAUUCUGUUUGUUUAUACAUAUAUUUUUUCAAAAAGAUAGUUUCUUGUCACGUAACUGUCAUAGGUUACUGUUGUUGAAACACUGUGCAGGUCAUCCUGUUACCAUACAAAUCAAUUCACCCAUUUUACAGGUAUUACAGGGGAGCGGUGGGGGCGCUGGUUGUUUAUGACAUCACAAAGAGUCAGACUUUCGACAACCUCUGCAAGUGGCUCCAAGAACUGAAAGAACACGCCGACAGCUCGGCCAGGAUCAUGAUUGUCGGGAAUAAAUCAGACCUUCGUCAUUUGAGGGCUGUCACUCAGGAGGAUGGGCGUUUGUUAGCAGGUGAUCAUGGAACUUUUGAAAUGUGGUGUACUGCUACUGUUGCAUAUCUAGCCAGUAUCUAAAUUCUAUCUCUACAGCUAUACUGUUUUCUCAUCUAAAAUCUAUCUCGACAGUUAUACACUCAGGACGACGAGCGUUUGUUAGCAGGUGAUCAUGCAAAUUUUGAAAUGUGGUGUAAUACUGUUGCAUAUCCAGCCAGUAUCUAAAUUCUAUCUAUCUCUACAGCUAUACUGUUGUCUCAUCUUAAUUUUAUCUCUACGGUUAUACAUUUGUCCUAUCUACAUUUGAUCUCUUUAGCUGUACAUUUGUCCCAUCUUUAAUUUGUCUCUAUAGCUAUAAAAUUGCCCUGUCCAAAUAAUUUAUAAUGUUAAAGGGAAAAAGUCCUUAAGUUGUUUUAAAUGUAAUAAUUUGAAAAUGUUGAGCUCUUUAUUAAACUUAUUUUUUAUUUUUUCUUCUUAGAGAAAUACAAGUUUUCUUUUAUAGAGACCUCAGCUCUUGAUGCCACUAAUGUUGGGGAAGCAUUUAAUAAUUUGCUUGUCGGUGAGUUGUCUUGCCUUAUUUAAAAACAUCAACCAAACAUUAUAAUCUACUAUGUAACUUGCCUGCAAAAUGGCCUUGGACAGCUCCCAUAAAGAAUGUAAGCCAUCCUCAUCCAGUGAGCUGCAGCAGUUCUCCACUAUAAAGUUAAAUGGAAGAGUUUUUUUUGGUUUUUUUGGUGAUAAUCAGACCCUAUUUUUAAAACAGAUAUGAUUAUUAGAUGAAAAGUUACAGAAUUAAAAAUUAAUGUUAGCAUAAUAUCCAAAAGUUCCCCCACUCUUGUGGCACUGUAAGCCCAUAGAAACUUUAAGAGGAAAUGGUCUAAAUGUGCCAUUGGUUUACCUCACAGUUGAACUUUGAACAGCCCUUCUUUGAAUGCAUGUCUUGUUUAUCCUUGGCUGUGGUCUGCAGGUGUGUUUAAAUACCAACGUAGCCUAUGAUUAGUCGGACACUCUUUUUUUUUUUAAAAAUUUUAUCUUUCAUUCCAGAUAUCUUUAAAUCCCAAGUAGAAGAUCCCAAUGCUCCGCAGCCAUCACAUCCUCAAGGCUCUAGCCACAAUGGACAAAACUUGAGUCGGGUCCAGCUCCCCAGAGAAGAAUCCACUCCCAAUCAGCAGGAGGGAUGUUCGUGUUGAGUUGAUUUCACUGCUGCGUGUCGUUUGCAUUUUUUUUAGUGUCAGAUUAAUUAUCUUUUUGGUGUUGUUUUAUUGUCUGGGUUUCAGAAUGACAGCUAUAAUUUAAAAAAUUCCUUUUCUUUUAUUGAGGUUAUAAAAGUUGUCUGCAGUAGUUGAAGCCCAUAGCCGUAAUGGAGUGGGUCUGAUUUUAAUUUUUUAAUUUAUUUUUAAAAAGUAUUAUUUUGUUAAUUUAUAAUUAUAAAGUCAGUUUUCUAAAUUGAAUUAAAACAUUAAAUCUAAUGUCAUGGAAAGUUUGAUCUGUAUGUCACAGAAAAUUUGAUCUGCAUGUCAAUGAAAUGAGUUGUUGAAACAAAGUCAUAACAUAUCUAGAAAAUUUUUAAACUGUGAUUGUCCAUGCUUUCAAAUAAUAUGAGAUUGUUGCUGCGGAAAUUUUCUAUUUGAGCUAAUGCUGCUUCUGAUUCUUAUUCAUGCCUCUGAUUCUUAUUCAUGCAUAGAUUUGUAGAUAUUGCAGGCUACAUAAUCAUUUUUGUUUUUUAAGUCAAUUUUUACACUAUGAAUCAUUUGUACGUGACAUGAGCCAUCUGUUCAUAUUGUGAGUCACAAGGAUACAUGAUGUGACAUGUCGAAAAGGAGUCACAUGUACACAUCAUGAGCCAUUAUAUCAAGAAAAUCAUUAAGAUAUUGCAUAGCUGUAAAAAUUCUGCGUCCAAUAUUUAUUAAUCCCCCCCCCCCUUUCCAUUCAAAGGAACUGAAAAAUUUUAAUAACCUUUGCCUUCAGCUUGUAACAGAGUCAUUUCAUAAAAGGAGUCACAUGUACACAUCAUGAGCCAUUAUAUCAAGAAAAUCAUUAAGAUAUUGCAUAGCUGUAAAAAUUCUGCGUCCAAUAUUUAUUAAUCCCCCCCCCCCCCUUUCGAUUCAAAGGAACUGAUAAAUUUUAAUGACCUUUGGCUUCAGCUUGUACCAGAGUCAUUUCAAUUACUGUCUUAGCAUUGCAUUAAACUGUCUUGAGGAUCAUCAAUCUUAAUAAAGUUCAAAUAUAAACCAUUCCCACAAUGAAUCUCAUGAAUACGUAGCCAGCCUCCAAGGAGAGUAUGACGAGAUGAUGACAAACCAGCAUGUUGAUUUUUUUUAAUUCACAUACCCACAGGAAUAUGCUGGCUUCUUAUUUUGGGCCUCAUCUUGUAUAAAUGGGGUGGGGCCCUUUUUUUCUUUCUUUAUGGCCAUAAAAUCAAGAAAUUGGAAUGACAUGUGAAAGGUACAGCCAUAAAGAUAACAAAAUAUCUGGAUAAUAUUUAUUGCUCGUUCAAAAGCUGAAAAGUUAUUUUAAAAUUCUGAUUUCAAUUGAAUUAUUGCUGCAGAUAGUUGUCAUUUGAUGAGUCUGUGAACUGUAAAAUUCACCAUUGGAGCACCAAGCCAACAUGAAGCAAUAUUUGCUACAACUCUGAAGUGGGUACGGGUAUUGGAUAAGAUAUCUCAUAACUAGAAAAUAUCUCAUUAUCAGUGCAUUAGAUUUAUCCAGUGGUGCUUGAGCUGUUAGCAUGCCUUCAUGGGUCAAAAUUUAUUUAAAUAUAUGAACUAGCAGCAGUGAACUUAUCCUGUCAGUUGUAGAAAUGGUUUUGCACAAAAAGGAAGAGCUCUGUUUAUUUCUCUCUUGUUGUUGUAAAGUUGUAUGCAUUAUUAUUUACUUUUCCUAGAUAGCUCUAAAAAUUGUUAUUGCAUUCUACACAUUUUUUUUUUUAAAGUGUUGUUGGUUUCAACCGUUAUAAAUGUUAGAACGGAGUUCAAUCACGGUUUUGGUGCAAACAAAAAAAAGAAAGAGAUGCCAAAAGUUAAAAGAAUACAUUGGUUCAUAAAAUGUUAAAAAAAUUAUGCUGCACACAUUAAUUACUUGACAACAUGAAUUUACAAAAAGCGCUAAAUGGAAUAUGUACAAUUUUCUUCUUAAAAAAUUGCAGUCAUCAACAAAAUUUAGUGUUGCUUGCGCUGUACUGCUUGCAGGCCAGGUGGUACUCCUGAAGGUCUGAUCCAUCUGAUUCUGCUACAAGCAUAUUUUUUUUUUAAAGAUAAAUUAAUUGCAAUGAUUCAACCUUUAAAUAUAAAAUAUUCAACCUUUGACCUACUAAAUUUUGUUACGAUUCAACCUUUUUUUAAAAAAAACAAACAAAUUCUUUGCAUGCUUUAUGUUUGCUUUGCAUUUUUAUUAAGGGAAAAGGUGUAGCUCUUCGUGUCCCUGAUUGCUGGCUAUCUAAUCUUGUAUUUUUGAAAUUCAAAAUCCUAAGUCAGUCCAAACUCAAAAGUACUUUUUUCCCACUUUUUAAUAUUUACAAAAAUUUAUGGUUGUAUGCUGUCUCUGCAAGUAAAGCAUAUUUUUACACAUGGUAUUGUACUCGCCUUCAUGUUUCAUUAUCGAAAACAUGGCGUUCAAAGAUGACAAAGUAUUUAAACAGCACACCGCUUGAAAAACAAACUUAAAUGUUGAAGUUAUUGUAGAAUAAGAUCUGCCCAAGCUGUCUCUUUGUCCAGCAUAUAUGAAGUAAAGCUUUUUGGGGGAGUAGGAAAUGAAUUUCUUGUCAGAAAUACUAUUACACAAUCAAAGGAUGUUAAGCUGAGUAGAGGACAUAACUAUAAUUUUUUUUGUUAAAAGGAACAGGAAUGCUAUCAUUCUAAUUCUAAACUAAAUUACUUUAAUUACAAUGUGUAAAGACCAGAAGGCAAAUGAUUACAAUUACGUAAUUUUAAUUUUUGAAGAAGAUUACAAACUAAAAUACCCUUGUUUUUUUUUAAUGCAGAUCUUGAAACUGUUGUCAAACAUUGGUAAUUUCCCUUGCAAGCUGAAAAAAGAGACUUAACAAAUAAAUAUUUUUAAGUACCGGUAGAGAAAAUUAGUCAUAUUUAUUCUCUGGUACAAGUUCACCAUAUAAUAUAGCAAUACAAAAUCACGAAAGUUGAAAAAACAUGAUUAUUGAAGAAUGUCAUUAAGUGAUAUGUUGAUUUUUUAUUAUACUAUUUUAAAAUAUGAAAAUUGUGAAACGUUUAUAAAAUAUAAAAGUUAACUGAUAUAUUGUAAUUUUUUUUUUAAUUUCAAAAGCUUUCAUUAUCUAAAUGAGGAGUUCUUAACCUUUGUAGUUGCAUGGACCAUUUGCCAGUCAGUUGAAGGCCCUGAGCUGCUUCCGAGAUUAAAGGUUUUCAAAUGCAUACCGGUAUUUUAAAAUGACAAAGGAAAUUCAGAUAUCUGGCAGAAUGGAGUAUGUGGACCACAGACAAAGAACCCCUGACUUAAAUACUCUGGUUUUUCAUGGUACUAGUUAUACAUAGUUUAUGUAGCAUACUGUUGUGGUCGGCAUUUGUGACUUUUUUUUUUUAGUACCAGUGAGAACAAGAUAAGCUCAGGUUCACAUGGCACGUCUUAUCAUCUCUGACAGCUUAGUGAACUGCUGUCAUUUUAUCUCGACCACCAGCGUGAUAACAAAAUUUCAUUUUGAGUUCUCACUGUACCCAACUUAUGUAUGACGUGAGCUCUCACUGUAAUUAAAUUAUGAAUGUCCUUUCAGGUCAUACUGUGCCCAGUUGGUGUCUACCGCUAAUACUGUUUCAGGUCCUCUCUGCUCAAUUUUAUCAAGUCAGUCUUUAAAUCUAUGGCCGUCCAUGAUUACCCUGGCUCCUGGGAGACUUUCCUCAAUCAAUUUUUCUUUUUAUGAAUAGUCAAUAUGUUUGAUGGGGGAAACAACACAAAUUUAUUUUAAGAGAUGUAAUAUUGAAAAUGUUAAUUUAUAAUAUUCCUUUCAUUUAACAUAUUUUAAAUUCUGAAUAAAAAAGCUUGGUUUUUCCAUACAUUUUUUUGUGGUGUAUCAUUUGGCCUACUGGAAAAAGAAACACCACUGCAGACUUAUUUAGUAAAAAAAAAAAAUUUUAAUAUUUAUUUGAAAAAAAAUAUCCUGUGUUUGAAAGUAAUAUUAACAUGUGAUUAAUACAAUGUCUGUUUCUAUUUACAAUUUCUAAAACUAUCAUUUAGGUGUCUUAAUGAAAUUGUUUUUUAUCUAUACCGGAAUCUCUUGAUAGAUUUUUCCCCCGUGUAUUAUGAUUUUGAUUAAUCCUCAAUGAUUUCAAUUUUUACAUAGUUUCUAAUGCAUAACUGAUUUUACUUGUAUUGCAUUUGUAGCUUAAAAUGUCAGUGAGACAUCUCUUUAUUCAUAGUUUUUGACAUAUUUGAUGAGAACUGUUUUACUGUAAAUAUUUUAUAUAUUAACUAUUCAAGUUUUAUUGUUUUAUAUUGAUGGAUUGACAUUUUAUUUAUUUAAAACUAACCAUACAAAUUAAAUACAUGUUGCAUAUUGUGACAGUGCGCAUGAGAAGUUGCAGUCAUCAUCUUUGCUAUUUAACGGUAGAAUGUCGGGUGUGGGUAUGAAUUACCUUUUCAAACUUGAAUAGCAGCAGAGGCAUUAUUCAAAUGAAAACUUAGCCAAGGGUUUUUGUUGCUUUUAUAUAUGUUGUCUUCCAGAACAGUUUAAGAUAUUUUGUAUCUUUAAAUUAUGAAUGCAAACCGAGUUCUCUCAAGUUCUCUCCACACCAACUCCUAUUAACUUUCUUGUAACAUUAAUAGUGAUUUUGGAAAACUGAAUACCGGUACCUUUUUUUUUUUUUUUUUUUUUUUAAAAUCUUCACUAUAUCUGAAACUCCCAUCAAAUGGAGAAGCAUAUCCCUGGCAUAUCAACUAAGCAAAAGCCCCACCCCCUUUUCAGUACUGUUUAUGCAUCUGCACUCUAGAUGAUAAACAUUAGAACUGAGUCAAAGCUGAUAUGAUUAAAUAUAUAUAAAAAUUUUAAGCCCCUUUUAGAAAAAAUUAAUGCACAUUCUAUAAUAGAAUCAUGCUUUUCAAACCUUUUCACUGUGACUGAGUCAUCCACAUUACAGCAGAGUGCGUGUGGACUGGUAUCAUGACAGACCACUACAAGGUGAAAAGCAAUUGUACUUCUAGAAACCCUAGCCCACCGCUGUGGCCUGGUAUCAUCACAGACCAUUAACAAGAUGAAAAAGCACUGUUCUUCAAAGAGACGCUAGACACAGGCUGUGCUUAAGAACUGUUGACAAUGCACUGCAUUUGCCUUUAGUGCUGUUGUUUGCUUAUUAUAAUGUAUUUACAAAAAAUGGUCAGGAAAAGACAUUUAAUAUUUGAUUUUAUCUAUACAUCUGGAUGCAGUUUGCAUUUCUCAGCUCUUGUACAUAAAAGUUGGAAAGGUAAUUUUUUCUAAAAAUAAACUACCUUGUAACACA